AUGCGGCUCCGAAGGGGGGAGAGCCUCACAGAUGAGGAAUACAGCACCGACCUCAGCAUCGUCAACUACCUCACAGAUAAGGGGGCUUUCUCAACUCAUGGAGCCGAUGCCGCCAGAUGUACCGAAAGGCCACCACAAGCGCGUGACUGCGAAGGUCAAGCGUGCCAGCGACAUGGUCGACGCGGCUCUGACAGCCACGGGGGGGAUCGGACUUGGAAUACGAUCCAGCUUUGGAGCGAAGUACAUAUCCUCGCCCCAGGAGUUGACAUGCGCCGCGACGAUGCCUUCACAGAGGAAGACCAACAAGAGGGCGACACGCUAUUGAGUGGGCCAGAAGCACACCCACCAGAGGGGAAUGAGAGCAACCAAAUGCAGAGUACCACCCGCAUUGUCCUGGAAGCACCCAGCCAACUGAAGAAGGCGAUUCCCUUCAUGCAUGAAUGGAUGCGCAGGCGCAGCAGUGAUUAUGUUGCACGCGGUCGAACCUGGCAAGAAGCUCUGUUCGGGAACGUCCACGCGUUCCGCGAGGGCACGCAGACGGAGGAGCACACCGAGGCCGGGGAGAAAGCCGGCAACGAGCACGUGGAGCACCAAGAAGCGGCCGAGAAUAUCGUACACGGGGGAGAACGAUGUGCGGAGACAGAUGAACACGAAUAG